AUGGUUAUUUUUCUGAAAUUGUUUCCGUGCCUUCUCAUUACCUUCACCAUCUACCUCUACUUCCAAUCAUCCGCCAAGAAAAUCAGUAAAUCUACUGGUUUCAAAACAUACCCGCUAGUCGGAAUACUACCUGAACUUUUAAAGAACCAUCACAGAUUUCUCGACUGGACCACGGAAGUCCUCACUGACUGCCCCAGAAACACCGCCAUUCUCCGGUGUUCUAGAAAAGCUAAGGAUGUCAUGACAGCAAACCCUUUGCUUGUUGAGUACAUGGCCAAAACAAACUUCGAUAACUACCCUAAAGGACACCAAUUCACUUCCCAUUUAGUGGACCUUUUCGGUAAAUCAGGUUUGUUUACCUCCGACGGGAAAAUGUGGAAGAUGCAGCGGAAAACGACAAGCCACGAGUUUAACACCAACACAUUUAAAAACUUCUUUCUGGAAAACGUCGUUCUUGAGAUUGAAAAGAGGUUGCUCCCGGUUUUGGGAGCAGCGGCUGUAUCCAAAUCGUGUCCAGUUUUAGAUUUACAAGACAUUUUUCAACGGCUUGGAUUCGAUAUUUCAUUUAAGAUGGCUUUCAACGUUGACUUAGCUUGUCUUGGGGGUACUCAUCACGAAUCCACUGUCGCCGGCGAUGAGGUAAUCAUGACUGCUUACCAGGACGCUACCAAAUUAAGCACCAACAGAUUCAUUUCACCACUGUGGAAGGUGAAGAAGUUUUUAAACUUGGGCUCAGAAAAACGGCUGAGGGAAUCAAUUACAACGGUGCAUGAAUUUGUGGACAAAAUCAUACGGUCUAGAAUCAAUAAAGGAGGACGGGGAGGAGGAGACGAUUUUCUUUCCCGAUUAAUGAUCAGUGCUAAUGGAAUUAUUAACUCGCCCGAGUUUCUCCGAGAUAUGACCCUGGCUUUUAUUCUCGCGGCAAAAGAUACUAUGUCAACAGCAUUAACCUGGUUGUUUUGGCUCGUAUCAUCCAGACCAGAAAUCCAGCAUAAAAUCUUGAUGGAGCUCGAAUCAAUUCGGAUACGAUAUCAUAAAAAUAUCGGAGAAUAUUCAUAUAGCUACGAACAGCUACGAGAAAUGCACUAUAUACAUGCUACGAUUACGGAAACCAUGAGACUUUACCCUCCUGUACCAAUCGAAUCGAGAGCUUGCCUGAACGACGACGUAUUACCGGAUGGAACAGUGGUAGGAAAGAACUCAACAGUGACGUACAAUGCCUACGCAAUGGGAAGAAUGGAGAGCAUUUGGGGCAAAAAUUGCUAUGAGUUUCGGCCAGAGAGGUGGCUUCAAGACGGUGUUUUUAGGCAAGAAAGUCCGUAUCGUUAUCCCAUAUUCCAUGCAGGCCCGAGAAUAUGUCUCGGAAAAGAUAUAGCUUAUAUUCAGAUGAAGUCUAUUGUAGCUGCUGUAAUUGACCGGUUCGAGAUAAAGGUGCAGAAAGAGGGCACGUGCCCAGAGCACAUGUUGUCUUCGUUGAUGCUUACAUUCAAAGGUGGGCUGCCCGUAACAAUUGUGGAAAGGAAAUAG